AUGUUUGAAAGCUUGAAAAAUUGGUUGUUUCAUGAUGAUUAAGGGGAUUUUGAGCAAUUUAAAUAAAUGACAAAAUAACCAAAAUUAAGAUUGCCUCCUAAUUUUGCUUAAUAAAUCUUAGACCUAGAAUUAGAAUUAGAAAAUGAAGAGGUUAAUUAGAAAAUGGUUAAUGAAUUGUUAGCUUUAUAUAAAGUAAUUUAAGUAAAUUAAGGAAGCUAGGCACAGAAUAUUAUGGUUAGAAUGAUGAUAA